GAACUUUUGUAAAAGAGUGCACGUAACCUGAAAAUGAAAUGUUAAAGGCAAAACAACCAAAACUGAAAUUGCAUUAGUCGAUGCCUCACGAUUCCUACUUUCGUAAGAUGCACCUAAUUACCUGUAGGAUAGAAAAUGUAAGUCGGUUUGUUCAUUUAUAAAUUUGACGCAAGCCAGGCCUCAACAGGAUCUACAUCUGACAUCUCUUGUGAUGGGGCGCUUGGUCUUGACUAUUCUGGUAGCUUUAACAAGCAGCACAGCAUCCGUAGUCUAUGGGGAUAUUGGCACCGCAACAUCUUAUCACCCGCCAUAUAUACCUACCAGAUGUUAUGGAAAUAGACAAGAUCAGUUCCCGCCAAGCAAGCUAUUUGUUGCGGUGAGUGAAGGGUUGUGGGAUAACGGAGCUGCUUGUGGAAGGCGGUAUAGAUUGAGAUGUCUAAGUGGAGCCAAUAGACCAUGCAAGCAGCAAACCAUUGAAGUCAAGGUGGUGGAUUUCUGCACAAAGGCACCCUGCCCAUCUACGAUCCAACUGUCUACCGAUGCCUUUGCAGCCAUUUCCAACCAUAAUGGAAGAAAAAUCAAUGUCGAAUAUACACAGUAUGUCCUCUUUUCAUCUUCGUUUUAUCGUAGCAAGAUCUACUUUGGGUUUAACAAUGACGAUACUGCUGUUCCAUCUUUGACCUUUAAUGAAUUGUUGCAGGAUUUGAGCAGGUACUACAGGCAACUUCAGAUAUGCCAUGCCAACUUCUGCAUGUAGAUAGUAUCAAAUAAUAUAUAGAAUUGGGUGAUAAAGAGGUUAGUUUCCAUAUUUGUAUAAGUUUAACAAUUAACUACAGGUUAUAGUACUGUAACUUAAUCAAGUGUUGUCAUUGAUGAGUAUUAAGGUUCAACGUCAACUAUGAGAUCACAUUCAACUCUCCUUUUGUCAUGUAAUAGGGUAAUUGUUGUUAGUUUUCAAGCUAUGCAACCUCAAAGACAUAUGAUGUACUUGAAGGACACCUGUCAGAAAGAACAGCCAUAGUUGCACACUAGUCAUCAAAUCGUUCAUUUAUAAUUGUACAAUGCAAUUGAAAGAAUGAAAAUUCUAGGCCCAUGUUUUACCUAAUUUACCAAAGCUGCUUAAUCUACCAUUGCAUAGCCAAGUUAAAAUUUGAUACCUGCUCCGGAUUACAGAGAAGAACUUUAUCAUGAACUCCAAAUAGUUUCAUUCAUGUUGAAAAACCCUGAUUUGCAAACGCUUAAUCUUAUAUGAAAGGAACCACAUAUAUUAUUUGCCGACAGUAUUAAUCUAUUUUCAGCAACUUGCCAAUCCAAUAAAUUAUUCUUGUAUAUAUUCCACUUAGAUGGCAGGUAAGCAAAUAAACAUACUUGUAACCAUCAUUUGAUUCAGACAGUAUUA